UUGUGGACCAAGCGGCAAAAAUCGAAUGGGAUAGGUUGGAAUAUAUUAAAAACCACCAAACAGAGUUAUAUAGUAGUAGUUAUACAAACGUUGAAGAUUUUUUAAAGAAAAAAUCAUUAAAAAGCGGUGCCGAAAUUCAAAAAAAAAUUAUUCUUCCAUCAACAUUCACAGGAGGCCCACGAAACAUGCACGAACAUUUCAUGGAUGCAAUGGCGAUUGUAAAUGAGACAGGAAAACCUGAUCUUUUUGUUACAUUCACUUGCAAUCCAAACGACCCAGAUAUUUUAAAAUGUCUUUUUCCAGGACAAAAUCCCUCUGAUAGACCAGAUAUUGUUACAAGGGUUUUUAAUUUAAAGAAAAGAUAUUUAUUGGAAUUAAUUUUAAACAAAAAAAUUUUUGGAGAAGUAAUAGGAUAUUGUUGGGUUGUUGAAUAUCAGAAAAGAGGACUUCCGCAUGUCCAUUUGUUAUUAACUUUAGCUCAGAAAGAUAAGUGGAGAAAUUCAACAGAUAUUGAUAAAUUUAUAAAAGCAGAAAUACCUGACAAAAAAACUGAUAUUGAACUUUUCGAGAUUGUUACGAAUUUUAUGCUUCAUGGACCCUGUUUAGAAACAUCUCUUUGUUGGGAUAAAUUAAAAAGAAAAUGUAGAAAAAAAUUUCCAAAACCUUUUAGAGAAGCAACAGAAAUUAACGAAGAUGGUUAUCCACUUUAUAAAAGACCCGAUAAUAAUAGAUUUGUUUUUAAAAAAGGACAAAAGUUAACAAAUCAAUACGUUGUACCCUAUAAUCCUUUUUUGUUAAAAACUUUUAGAGCGCAUAUAAAUGUAGAAAGAGUGAGUGACAUUUUGGUUGUCAAAUAUCUUUAUGAUUAUAUCUAUAAAGGAUAUGAUGCUGCCACAAUUGAGUGUAUUAGUGUUGGAGAAGAUGGAGAAAAGAAAAUACUAAAUUAUGAUGAAGUUGGAACGUAUUUAGAAGCAAGAUAUUUAAGCCCCUGCGAAGCGUGCUGGCGUAUUUUUAAAUUCAAAAUGCAGGGAAAGUCUCAUUCAGUAGAUAAGUUAGAUAUACAUUUAGAAAAUGAACAAAAAGUUAUUUAUAAAAAAAAUGCAUCAAAAGUUGAAAUAGAAGAAGCAUCAAAUAAAUGUUCAACUUUAACAGCCUAUUUUAAAUUUUGCCAAGAAAAUCCAAACUUACAGUUUAAAUAUAUUGAAAUGCCAAAAUUUUGUACUUGGGUUAAAAAGGAUAGAAAGUGGAAAUAUCCUAGACAAGGAAAUAUGAAUAAAAUCGGACGUUUAAUUCCCAUAAACCCAACAGACACUGAAAAAUAUUAUUUAAGAUAUUUAUUGUUAAAAGUUCAUGGUAAAAAUUUUAAGGAUUUAAAAACAGUAAAUGGUAUAAUCUACGAAACUUUCGCCGAAGCAUGUUUAAUAAGAGGUUUAGCUCAAGACGAUGAAGAAUGGCACAAAUGUUUAGAAGAAGCUAGCUUUUUUUCUAGAAAAUACCCGAAGGGAUUAAGAACUUUAUUUGUCAAUAUUUUAUUGCAUUGUGGCCCAAAAAAACCUGCAAAAUUGUGGGAAAGUUUUAAAGAAAAUAUGACUGCCGAUAUAAAAAGAAAAUAUCCAAAGUAUUCCAAAGAUCAGCUCAAUAACAUGGGGUUGAUAUGA